AAUGCCAUAUUUGUUUCUUAACAUUAUUUCAAUACCGAUCAAACAUUUACCAAUUUCAAAUGAAAUUUACGGAAAAAUUAAGUGCCCAUUUAACACCGGAAUGGCGUCAACAAUACAUUUCAUAUGCAGAUCUGAAAAACAUGAUCUUAAAUGCCUUGGAAAAUGCUCCUCUAAAAGAAAUUUCCACCAGCCGCAUUCUGGACAAUUACUAUACAAAAUUCGAAGAAGAAUUCGCUAUAGAGUGUGAAAAUGAAUUACGUAAAAUAAAUACAUUCUAUGCUGAAAAAUUAGCCGAAGCCAGUAGACGUAAUGAUGUACUUUCUACCGUAUUAGAUGAGGUAAUCGGUGAGAGUCGUUUAAGAACACGAACAAUGUCACGCAAGAGUUUACAUCAGAAUACGAUAAAGAGAAGAUUGAGACAGAAAAAGUCAAAUAUAAUGGAUUUAAAAAACGGUUUUUGUGAAUUGUAUUUAAGUUUGGUGCUUUUGCAAAAUUAUAAAAUGUUAAAUUAUACGGGAUUUAAGAAGAUAUUGAAGAAACAUGAUAAGUUAUUGAAUAAUACAAAGGGACAAAAAUGGUUCGAUAAGAAUAUACCAACGGCCUAUUUUUAUAAAAAUAAUGAACUGGAAGAACUUAUGCUAGAGGUGGAAAAUAACUUUACAGAAUAUUUGGAAAAUGGAGAUCGUGCACAAGCUAUGAAACGCUUAAGAGUACCACCCCUAGAUGAAAUACAAGAAGUUGGUACAGUAUUUCGUGUAGGCCUCUUUUUGGGAGCUUUUGUAGUGCUGCUGUGCUUUAUCUUAAUACUAUCAUUUUUCGGCAAUUUAGAUAUAAAUUUCUAUACCGUACACGGUUUAAUAUUAUUUCGAGGUCCAUUUUAUGUGAUUAUGUACCUAUUUUUAUUGGGAAUUAAUGUUUUCAGUUGGCGUCGUGCUGGGGUUAAUCAUAUUCUAAUAUUUGAAAUAAAUCCCCGUAAACAUUUAAAAUAUUCUCAUUUAUUGGAAUUACAUGCAAUUUUUGGUAUUAUAUGGUGCCUAUGUGUAUUGGGUUUUAUUUAUGCUGAUUAUAUUAAAAUAUCACCUUUAAUAUUUCCAUUAUUAUUAAUUGUCAUAAUGUUUAUCUUUCUCUUUAAUCCAUUAUCCUUGUUUUAUCGAAAUGCUCGCUACUGGUUGUUAAGAUUAAUUGGUCGUGUCAUAUUGGCUCCGUUUUUUCCUGUGGGAUUUGCAGAUUUUUGGUUUGGUGAUCAAUUAAAUUCUUUGGUUGCUUGUCUUUUAGAUUUCAAAUAUUUAAUGUGUAUUUUUAUAAGUAAUUCUAAGUGGCAAGAAGAUUUUCCCUACAGCAAAUGUUUGGAGACUGAUUACAUUGGUAAUGCUAUUGUUCGUUGUUUACCUUCUUGGUUCCGUUUUGCUCAAUGUUUAAGGCGUUAUAGUGAUACCGGUCAGGUUCAUCCUUUUCUAGUGAAUGCAGGAAAAUAUACUGCUUCGUUUCCCAUGGUUGUGUUUUCAUCGUUAGCUGCGAAAUAUAAGGAUGACUACGACUAUAUCUUUGCAAAUCCUUUCAUAUGGUUUUAUAUCAUAUCGGCCAUUUUUCAAACUUGCUACUGUUGCUGUUGGGAUAUUUUAAGAGAUUUUGGUUUAUUUCAAACAUUUUCGGGAAAGAAUAUAUUUCUACGAGAGCAAAUUGUCUAUCGUCCGGCAUUUUAUUAUUUUGCAAUUGUGGAAAAUAUCAUAUUGCGUUUCUUUUGGGCUAUAUCUUUGUAUCUGAUAACAAAUAACUAUAUAAGUAGCUAUAAUAUGGAUUCCUUAGCGGGUUGUUUGGAAAUCAUCAGACGUUAUAUUUGGAAUUAUGUGCGUUUAGAGAAUGAGCAUUUAUAUAAUGUGGGACAAUUUCGUGCCGUGCGUGAUAUUUUCAUAGCACCCAUAGACACCAAGAAUUCCAUGGAAAUACAAAAAAUGAUGGAUGAAAAGAAUGGUGUGGUAAAUCGUGCCACCAAAAAUAGCAAUAUUUCUCUAACAGACGCAGAGGAAGAGUUAGAAGAUUAAUAGUGUUUAAAUAUACAAAAAUAUUUAUAUUUUAUAACAAAAUUAUUUUAAUUAAAUACAAUAACAAUGAAAAAAAGUUUAUAUUUAAGAAAUAUUAUCAGCUACUCCAGACACCAAAGCGGUGCCUCGUAAAAUCCAAAAAUCAGCCGGUAAGGCGG